AUGACGCAACCGUUGCCCGACGAGCUAUGGAUGCACAUGCUUCGGUAUAUGGACACCACCGUGGCAGUGUUUUCGUGUACGCAGGCCUUUCGACGGACCAAUCAACGACAAGAACGUGGCGUAUUGGCCUCGCUGUGGUGCCUUGGGCGGGCUGCGGGCAAGAACCAGGUGUGGCCACAUCUGCACGUGACCCGCGUCCUUCUUGACAACCCUUCGAGUCGUGGCCACGUUGAAGCCAUCGUGGCCCACUACUCUGUUGUUCACUUGAAUGAUCACUUGAAUGAAGUGUUUGAUCUGGACUGGCUCAGCCAAUUCCUGCACCCAACUGACGAAUUGGUGUGGCAUAGCUUGCCAAAGUUCAAGGAUCGCCAUGUUGCUUGGUUGUGGUAUUCCAAAUGGGUGGAUCCUUUUCACAGCCAAAUCACGGCCAUGACGUGUGGUGUGGUCGCUCCUCCGAUACCUUGGCUACAACUGACCCGCCUAACCAGUUUGAACUUGGGCUCGGCUCAAAUGGGCUCACUGGCUCCUGUACUCGAGUUUGCUUCUUCGACAUCUAGCCACCUCGUGCAUCUCGACGUCGAGCUAGCUAAAGUUGGCAAUGGCGUCGUCAGUGAUGACAUGCUCCGCCAUACAAACCACUGGCUUACAACGACGCCAGUGCAAGUGUUCAAAUUCAGCGCGUGGAAGUGGACCCAUCAGUGGGGCCUCUCGAUGGUGGUCGAUACUUUCUUCCAAGCGCUUUUCGGCUCAGACAAGUUGCGCCACUCGCAUGCUCGCCAUUUGACCAUCCAUCGAAUCAAACCCAUCACCCACAACGGACUCGACUGUGUAUUUCAAGCAUUGGUGAACUCCCAAAUCCAAAAGCUAAUGAUCACGGCGUGCGGGCUUUUCGGGUCGAAAUGGAACCGAUUGGCCAGUCACGUAGCCGCAGCACAGUCGUUGCAAUGCGUGGAUUUGAGUAAGAAUCAAAUGUCAGAUGAGGGGGCGACCUGUCUCGCGACUGCGCUGCGAUCGAACACGUCGAUUCAGCACUUGGAUCUUCGCCUAAACGGUAUCUCAGAAAUCGGCGCAGAGAAAGUUCGGAUGAUGUCACCGGUGCCGUCGCUGCAAAUCAUGGAAUCCAAGGAUUGGCACAAGUAGAGAUUCCGUCUCCAAGUAUGGAGUAACUAAAUAAUAGUCGUAUCGUGCAAGUGAAGAACGUCCAGAAGUUCCAUAUUUGGCUAGAGGAAUCUUCAAUCUUGCAAGUGCCACU